CACACACACACACACACACACACACACUGCACGAGUCUCGCUAUCAUGGCCUUGAGCAGCACGGGGGCGGUGAGGGAGAUGCCAGUGCCUCGGUUGAGCAGUACUCUUUGCUUCGCCUUUUCUGUCUACGAAUCCAGCCAAUCGUGUGCGUUCAUUAAUACAAGCUUAGGGGCGGGAGGCAUUGUAAUCAAACACUCCAGAUCAAGGUUCGUCAAAGUAAGCGUGACGCCCUUGUUGUGUGUCGCCAGAAGCCUCACUAAUAGGCCACCACUUUACGUACAGAUAACGAAACACAGGACGGCGGGAGGCAAACACUCCUUAGCACCAUGAAGAGGGUUGUAAUGACUCCCGUAGGUAGUGCUGAAACUGGUUCGCAGAGAGAAACGCUUCAGAACUCAUAAGGCGAACCAUAGCAAGGACGGUGUCAGGUCAACUCGUAACCAAAUCAACUCGAAAUCAAAUAAACUCGUAAACAAGUCAACUCGUGCCCCUGUUGGUCAACUCAUAAACCGUUCAACUCGUGCACUUGUUAUCGCUAGUUUCCAUCCUCGUAAUGUUCCAGGAUCUUUGCCUCCUGUAUAUACAGAAGGUCUUUUCGGCUGCCAGUUCAUGCUUAGGGCACUUUUAGAAGUGGAACUGCACACACACACACACACACACACACACACACACACACACACACACACUCACACACACAUUUAUUACGAUGUGCAGGGUUCCGGCCACCUAGUGGAGAUGUUUCAGGAGCUGCUGGAUCAACGCGGGGAGUUAAACUGGCGGCAAGGCUCCAUGCUCAGGAUCAACACCUUCUGCAGACUCCGGCAAGGCCGCCGCGCCCUCCAAUGAUCUCGCCUAGAAUGAUCAUCUCGGUGUACCGAAAGUGUGCCAUUUUCUCCUCGCUCCUGGAAAUUGCAAUCUUCUUCUUGUAAGGCUGGAAAAAUUCAUCGUUCAAAACUAUGUUUGUACCUUUAAACUUUGCCGAGUUCCGCAUCACCAUUUCACGGUCCCCAUUGCAGGGGAAACCGGCGACAACGGGGCGAGGUUUCUGGUCGACCUGUCUGCCGGCACGAUGAGCCCUUCCAGGUUUCUUGUUGUGUCGGAGACGGAGAACACCAAGUUGUACUGGCCGUUGACAGAAGAUCUUGUUCUCGAGGCUCUGAGGAAGGACAAAGGCGAGGCGGCUCAGCUGGUGUUGUGGAGGUGCAAGGACUUCACCAAGAAGGGCGACAACUAUGUCUGCUUUGUGACCAGCGUCAGUGUCGAGUACAAGGAGGAGGGACAAGCGGAGCCCCGGCAUGUAUCGUAUGUGGCCAAAAUUGCCCACCAGAUGAAAGGCGGCAUGACCAAGAUGAGGAACGACGUGUUCCUGAAGGAAGGCGCCAGCUACAUUGAGAUCCUGCCGGCAGCCAACGAGGCCCUGAAGGAGCUGCACAUGGACGCCAUCAGGACCGCCAAGGGCUACUCCGCCUCGUACACGCUUGGGCAGGAGGUGCUGAUACUCGAGGACUUGAGACAACGACACUUCAAGAUGUUUGGGAGGCGGCGGGGCAUGGACGUGCCGCACGCCACCCUCGUCCUGCAGGAGCUGGGCAGACUCCAAGCUGCAUCGCAGCUACUAGAAACGAGGAUGGGCUGCGCGCUGACAGAGAAAUGGCCCAUCCUAAAUGAAACGUGGGUGUCAGACGACAACUCCGAAAUGAGUGCAGUGUUCCAAAAGAUGAUAGAGACACAGAUGGAAGCGUCGGCCGUGAUCAUGGAGCAGAUUCCAAACAGUGAGCACAUAGUGUCGUGGCUCAGGAAGAACAAGGCCACCGGGAGAGACAUCAUCAAGGACGCCACUGGUCCUGCCGGCAAGUUCACGGUGAUGACGCAUGGAGACUGUUGGACCAACAACAUUCUCUUCAGGUACGACGAGUUGGGAGCGCCCGUGGAGGUGAUGCUGGUGGACCUGCAGUGCGCGGGGAGAGCCUCGAUGGCUGUCGACCUCGCCUACUUCCUCUACUCCAGCUUCACCGGGGACGUUCGCAGGAACAACUUGGACACGUUCCUUGACACCUACUACGACUCGUUCUGCGGCGUGCUGCGGGCGGCGCAGGUACCAUUGCCUUUCUCUCGAGAAGAACUUGGCCAGGAAUUCAUGAACAAACUCACCUGUGGCUGCAUCUUCGGCAUGAUCUUAUUGCCGAUUGUACUGAGUGAGGAGCAGGACGUGAUUAGCUUUGCGGAAAUGGAUGAAGCAAACAUGGACCAAAUGUCCAGCCAUCGCCAAGAACAGAUCGUCAGGAUGAGCAAGAGAGAGGAUGGACAACUGAAGGGCAGAUAUAAGGACAUGUUUGACGAUAUGGUGCGAGCAGGACUUAUCACUGAUGCCCCAGCUGCAUCUUCGUGAAGGACCAGUGACUGCUUGCUGCUGUCCCUGCACAGCAUCCCUGCUCGUGGCGGCCGCUGCACCCCGUUACAGUAAUGCAGUCACAAGCGCCAUGGUUGGCCCUCUAAUGGGGCUCUCUAGCCAUAAUCCCUUCCGUCUCCGAGGUGCUGCAGUAGUUCUGCUUCCUUGGGGUCCGCUGGUGUGCCAGGCAGAGCCAGCCCACUUUGCCACCGGCACGCCAAUUCAUCCUUUCUUGGAACAACUUAACAUCUUCAAAAGCGGAUCAGUGUUGGCGAGGGUGAACGUACCAGUAUUCAUGGGGUGUAGAUUUUUCACUGUAAAGGAGGCAGCAGGAGAACAUAAAUAACAAGAAUACAAGAAAAUGUCCGGAAUACGCGGCUUCCACAUUCACCAACGUUGUAGCGCGAGAAUGGAAUAAACUUCCACUUUCAGUGGUCCAGUAGAGUACGA